AUGUUUGGGUUAGGGCAUUGCAUGGUUUAUAUCGUGGUCUUAAGUGCCAUUGCGGCUACAGCCUACCCAUACUCAUCUCCUCCAACACCAGAAUACAGUUCUCCGGUCCAUCAACACAAAUCACCAUAUCCACCCAAAAAGUAUUCCCCAUCCUACUCGGCAUCACCAGCUCCUACACCACAAUACAGAAGACAAGGUCCAAAGUACACGCCACAUCCAAAACCAUAUGUUCCUAGCUCUCCACCACCACCACCGUACUACUCUCCUUCUCCUAAGGUAGACUACAAGUCUCCCCCACCACCAUACGUUUACAGCUCUCCACCACCACCGUACUACUCUCCUUCUCCUAAGGUAGACUACAAGUCUCCCCCACCACCAUACGUUUACAGCUCUCCACCACCACCGUACUACUCUCCUUCUCCUAAGGUCGACUACAAGUCUCCACCACCACCAUACGUUUACAGCUCUCCACCACCACCGUACUACUCUCCUUCUCCUAAGGUCGACUACAAGUCUCCACCACCACCAUACGUUUACAGCUCUCCACCACCACCGUACUACUCUCCUUCUCCUAAGGUCGACUACAAGUCUCCACCACCACCAUACGUUUACAGCUCCCCACCACCACCAUACUACUCUCCUUCUCCUAAGGUAGACUACAAGUCUCCCCCACCACCAUACGUUUACAGCUCUCCACCACCACCGUACUACUCUCCUUCUCCUAAGGUAGACUACAAGUCUCCACCACCACCAUAUGUUUACAGCUCUCCACCACCACGGUACUACUCUCCUUCUCCUAAGGUAAAUUACAAGUCUCCACCACCACCAUACGUUUACAGCUCCCCACCACCACCACCGUACUACUCUCCUUCUCCUAAGGUCAGCUACAAAUCUCCACCACCACCAUAUUACUCCCCUUCUCCAAAAGUAGAGUACAAGUCUCCCCCACCACCAUAUGUCUAUUAA